CUACCCAGUUUCUGGACAACAAGCUCUGCGAGCUGAGAGUGUGGAUCUCUUUCCAACAAGAGACAAGGGACUGCUGCAUUAUCUGCCUUACAGAAACUCGGAUGUCUACGCAGAUUCCAGACUCAGCCAUCAAACCAGUGGGGUUCUCAGUGCACCGAGCGGACAGAGUGAAAGAGAGGUGGUGUAUGUUUUAUCAUCAACAAAUCCGGUCCGCUCCGCCUCUGAUGACGACAUCGAGGUCUACGCUGAUACCAUAACGUGUUUCAUCAGGAAGUGCAUAGAUGAUGUAGUGCCGACCAAAACAAUACGGAUCUACCCUAACCAGAACCCAUAGAUUAAUAGCGAUGUUCGUGUGGCACUUAAUGCGCGGACCUCCACUUUUAAUUCCAGGAACGUGGAGGAGCAUAAACAAGCCAGUUAUGCCCUCUGCAAAACUAUCAGAGCAGCCAAACGCCAGUACAGGGACAAGAUUGAAGGACAGUUCAACACUGACUCUAGAAGCAUGUGGCAGGGAUUUAAUAUCAUCAUGGACUUCAAAGGGAAUUUCCACCGUGAACAACGCUGCCUCUCUCCUGGAUGAGCUUAAUACUUUUUAUGCUAAUUUCGAGGGAAAUAACACUGCCCUCGCGGAGAGAGCUCUCGCGGCCAAAGCUACAGAGGUUAGUUCACUCUCUGUCUCUGUAGCAGACGUAACCCGAUCCUUUCGACGGGUGAAUAUCCGUAAAGCCGCGGGUCCAGACAGCAUUCCAGGCCGCAUCAUCAGAGCGUGUGCAAAGCCCGUCAUCAGAGUGUGUGCAAACCAACAGGCUGGUGUUUUUACAGACAUCUUCAACCUUUCCCUCUCCUUGUCUGUGGUCCCCACAUACUUCAAAACGUCCACCAUUGACCCUGUACCAAAGCAACUCAAAAUCUCUUGCUUAAAUGACUGUCACCCUGUUGCUCUGACACCCAUCAUCAGCAAAUGCUUUGAGAGGCUAAUCAGAGAUUACAUCUGCUCUGUGCUGCCUGCCUCACUGGACUCACUGCAGUUUGCUUACUGCAACAACUGCUCCACUGAUGAUGCCAUUGCAUCUACACUACACACUGCUCUCUCCCACCUGGAAAAAAGGAACACAUAUGUGAGAAUGCUGUUUGUAGACUACAGCUCAGCAUUCAACACCAUAGUGCCCUCCAAGCUUGAUGUGAAACUCCAGGAUCUGGGCUUAAACAGCUCGCUGUGCAGCUGGAUUCUAGACUUAGACAUUCUAGAUUAGAAUGGGCAGCAACAUCUCCUCAUCACUGACCCUCAACACUGGAGCCCCACAGGGCUGUGUUCUCAGCCCACUCCUGUAUUCCCUGUACACACAUGACUGUGUGGCAACACAUAGCUCCAAUGCCAUCAAGUUUGCUGAUGAUACGACGGUGGUAGGUCUGAUCACUGACAAUGAUGAAACAGUCUACAGAGAGGAGGUGCACACUCUGACACACUGGUGUCAGGAGCACAACCUCUCCCUCAACGUCAGUAAGACAAAGGAGCUUGUGGUGGACUUCAGAAGAAAAGACAGAGAACACAGUCCCAUCACCAUCAAUGGAGC